GUAAUGAACUGGACUCCCCAGACAACAGGCGAUUUACUGUGGCAUUUCCUGAGGAAGCUCAUGGCUCUGAAUGGGAUGGCGAGAAGCACAAAGCUUGAGCACUGGGCACCUGAUGAUCAAACACUCAUUAUGGACAAAGAGGAGCUGGGUAUUCAUGCAGAUUUUUUUUUUCUCAGUGACACAGACACCAGUGAUUCUCUGCACCCCCUCGAUGUUCUCUGUGCUGUUCUGCUUUGCUCAGACAGUUUUCUGCAGCAGGAGAUCCUGUCCAAAAUGUCCAUGUGCCAGUUUGCCCUCCCUCUGCUGCUCCCUGCCCUUGACACCCCCAAGUGCACCCUAAUGCUGUGGACCAUGAGGGACAUUGUGAGGAAGUGGAGGCCGCACUCCCUGGCAGACAGCAGAGGGUUCUGGGAGGAGAGCCUGGUGUUCACAGCAAUGCCAACCAUUUCCUUUGUGCGGAUGGGGAACUGCAGCUUCUCCAAGUCCAAACUCCUCAAUGAGGUUCUCAGCCUCUCCCAGCAGCACCACGAUUUCUUCAUCCAUCGGGACAUGGAGUCUGGGAACGUCCCUCGGGAAAUCGCAGAUGGGCUGGUUGAGAUUUCCUGGUAUUUCCCUGCUGGGAUGGGAAAUUCAGAUCUUUUCCCAGAGCCCGUUGCGGUUACAAACCUGCGCGGAGACAUUGAGUCCCACUGGCUACAGUUCAGCUUUUUAACAGAGAUCUCCUCAGCAGUGUUCAUAUUAACAGAGAGCAUCAGUGAGAGAGAAUACGCGCUGUUAUCAUCUCUGCAGGGAUCAGCCACUAAAUACUACUUCAUCUUUAAUAAUCCGGCUGCGACAUCCAAGGAAACACUGGCAUUCCUGAACAAGUUGGCCCCAGUGCUUAAACUGAACAACUCACAUGUGCUGCAGAAAAGACGUGCCACAAAUCAGGCAGCAUAUGUAAAAGCUCUGCAGUCUGCAAUGGCAACUAUAAUGAAGUCUUCUCCCAAGAGAGUGAGUAUCGAAGCCAUGGCUGAGACUGCACGUCAGUUAGGCAUCCAGGUAGAUGAGGAUAAUAAGAAAUGUCAGAGUGCCCAUAAAUAUGCCAAGGAAAUCACCGUAAACAUAAAAGAUGUGGCAAAGUACAAGAGGGAAAAGCUGAGACUCCAGGGGGAGACCUGGAAAAACUUGGCUGAAGUGGAAAAGGAGCUGUGCCGAAUGAGAAAUCAAGGGGACAUCCCUCUGGAGAAAUAUAAGUCUCAACUGAAAAAGAAAUUAAUGGAUUUACGUGUUCAGCAGAAUAAACAUGACCUGACUGAUGCUUUGAUUACAUUUAUUACUGGACUAGGCCGACUGCCUCCCGAGGAGAAACAUUACUUCCUGAAAUGGAUGAAGUUUGACCUGGAUCACAUUGCUCGGGAGAAUCUUUCUAAACUACGGGAUCAAUAUAAAGAGAAAUGCAAAAACUCAAAAGAUGACCCCCAAAAGUUGGCAGAACUAGACAAAUUAAUCUCUGCCAGUUCCUUAGGGGUGGAGCAUUUCCUGCGUGAGUUGGGACAGUUGUAUGAGGCUGAACACGCAAUGGUGAAAGAAGGUAAACUGGCAGAAAGCCAAAGACAAUUCGUCCAUCUCCCAGGCAUAGCAGCUGACCUGAUGCUGGAAGGGUUGCCCAUGGAGCUGCUUGAUGGGGAUCACUCCAACAUCCCAUACAAGAGAAAAAUUGAAGAGAAAGUUGACAGGCUUCUGAACCAUUGCAGGAAAAGCAAAUGCAAACUAAAUAAUGAUGAACAGGAGAAAGAAUUUGAAACCAUGUGGAGAGAAACACUGUCAGAAUUAUCACUCAUUCCUUUACAGAAACGCAUCAUAUAUAAAGAAAUGGAGUUCCAUUUGAGAAGAGACCUAGAGAAUAGGGGGAGUGCAGUAUGGCGGAUGUUACAGGAUGCCAAAAGCUUGCCUACUUAUAAAACACAAAAUUUCAAAAUGAAAAAUGAAUACUUAGACUUAAAAGUGUUCAAAGGUUUCAACCUAUCAAUGUCAGCUGUGAAAGAACACUUUACACAGGAAUGCUGGCAUAAAACAGAAGUUCUAGCUAAAUCCUUAAUAUAUGAGUGCAAUAGCUACACUGAAGAAAAGGCAAAUGGCAAAGCAGAUUAUGAUGAAAUUUAUUGCAGAGAGUUGUUGCGAAUGAUUAAUGAGCAGCUUCAGCAGGCUAAUGUUCAAAACCUUCACAUCAGAGCUUGCUUUGAAGUUGACCUGAAGCUUCACAUUUUGGGGGAUGCAGCUCGUGCAUUUCAGAAGAUGCAUGAAGAAUUCAUUAAAGAAAAUGAUCCUCUGCAACGUCUGGGGAAACUGAAACCUCAGUAUCUCUCCACGUUCAAAGCUCUGUACUUAGAGAAGGAUGAAUGUCAAGACAGGGCCUGGAAUUUCUGUGAUCGGUGUCUCAGACCUGCCCUGGUGGAUUAUGUGAACAAGAGACUUGGGACAGAAAUCGUGGAUGACAUUCUCAGCAGUGAACAGUGUGCUGAAUACAGCACCCGGAGAUUUUUCCAAUUCUUUGUUCUGAAGAAGCUUUUGGAAGAAAAUGAAUUUAACAGUUAUUUGCUAUACACAAGGAAUUAUGUAGAUUUUAUCGAAAUCCAGAUACAGAAACAUGUGUUAACACGCUACAGAGAGAAGGCAAGUCUGGGAGAUUUGGAGAAAAGAAUGUUCUCCCCAAUAAUUAAUAAACUCAGUGAUGUUCUGAAAAACUCCAAAGGUGAGAAGACUAAGACAGUCUCUGCCUUUUUAGACAACUUUUGUGAGAAGCUGCAGAAGGAUCUAGUCAUUCCCAAGGACAGCUUAGAAAUGAUACUGUUUAAAAACACAGCAAGUGCAGACCAAUUUUCAGCUUUUAUAGAACAGUUUAUUCCUGAUCUGGAAAAACAAGUUUUAUCCACUUUUGAAAAUCUGGAAAUUCAGUCAAAACUCUCAAAACUUGCAGUGAAGCCCCAGGAUGAGAUCUUCAAGCGAGUGUUUGGCUGUGGGAAGCAGUGUCCAUUCUGUAAAAUUCCCUGUGACGCAGGAGCCCCUGUUCAUAAGGAGCAUUUUUCCUUAAUGCACUGGCCUAGAGGAUUAGGGGACAGCCGGUGGAAUAAAACUAGAAUACUUGCCUAUGAUAUAUGCUCCUCUUCGGUGGCUUCCAAUAACACAUUCAGAUGUAUAGAGACAAACUGGGAGUUUCAGCCUUAUAAAGAUUAUCGCAAAUAUUUUCCGGACUGGAUCAUCCAACCAGAUCCCAGCAUCACGGCUUCCGAUUACUGGAAGUUUGUUUUCAAGGAAUUCAAUCACCAGUUUGCUGAGGCGUUUGAUGCUCUCCCUGCCGAUAUCCCUGAGGAUUGGCAUAAAAUAACCAAAGAGCAGGCACUGGAGAGCCUAAAGGAAGUCUUCCUAAUGAAGUAAAAAACAGGCUGAGAAACUCUGUUGUGAGCAGAAAGUUACAGAAGUUAAUUUUUUUAAAAUGUGGUAUGUGGAAAAAAUCCCAUAUUUUAUUAAAAGAGAAACAACAUUACAUAUUUAGAUCAGACACAGUUUUCAGCUUCCAAACAGAUAAAGAAACAAUGUUUUUUUUCACUUUCACAUCACAUAGACUUUAUAGCAAAAUUAAAGAUGAAGGAAAGACCCAUAUGUGGAAUUUCUGCAUCUUUUUCUUACAGAGGAAACAACCAAAAUUCCAAAUUUGUCCUCAUUACUGCAUUUUGCUGGUGCAGUGGUACCAUGUAGUGACCUGCAAACCUCCAAAGAGCCCCCUGAAUACCAACCAUUCACUUCUGCUACUUAAAGCCUCAAUAACCUGCACUUUUGCAACUAAUCUGACACCAAACAGCCUGGCCCUGAUGGUCACCUUCUAUGGGGAACCACAUGGGAGGAAAAAAGUACUUCAGAGACACCAAUAAGGGAGGUUUGCAGCAUAAUGUAAUGGGGAAAGGAGGGGUGCAGCCAGCAAACCCCACAAGCCCAUCCCAGCGCUGAGAAUGGUCUUUCCAUCUGCCCUGAUUUCUGCCCUGCACAUCCCCCUCACCCAGGACAGUAAGGCUGA